UUUGAACUUAUCGCACAAAGGUACCAGGUUAUUUUCUGCUUCCAAAGAUGAUCUUGACGGCAAAAAAAAUUAAGAUACAAAAACAAAAUUACGUUUUAAAAAAGCAAGCUGUCUAAGGGUUAAUGAGGUCACUUUUGGACCAACCUUAUUCAGGACUCUGGGGAGGAGGAGGAGUUUUUGUGAGGAAAUGCAAAUGUUCAACUGAAAGAUUUGGAAGGCCUCUCUCCAUUACGUCUCUCACUUGUCUGAUUAACAAACUGUUUUUCUCUCUGUUCACGAUGAAGCUUUACGGAGCUCUGAUCCUGUUUAUGACUCUGUCUACAGCCUGUGGAUUAAGAUGCUACACAUGCACAGCCGCAGACCCUAAAUCCUGCACAGACACCAAAUCUUGUUCUGUCAUCUUCAACCGCUGUUUCUCUCUCAGAGUAGACGGUUAUAGCAUGGUAACCAAGGGCUGCCAAACCAGCCUAGCAUGUGUUGGUGCCAUAAAAUGCUGUGAAGGGAACUUGUGUAACAGUGCCAUGCCAAUUGGUCCCAGUGUCGUCCUCCUGCUGAUCUCCUCAGCCAUCAUCACACUCCUUCACUGAGACUCUGGAAUUUUUUUUAUUUCUAUACUGUACUUUUUUCUGACCAAAUUUGUACAACUGAAGAAGAAUAAACAACUUCUAAUAAGAUAAACAACUCUAUUUUUAAGUAAGUGAGAUGAUCUUACAAUUUAGAUUUCAGAUGGAUAUGGAUCGGGUUAUUUAGUGCUGACUGUAACAUAUCUGUUACAGGACCGGCAGUAUGCUUUGACACUUAUUUUAAGCUCUAAAGUUUGGAGAAAACAUCCUAUUUCAUCCUAUUUCAUUAGUUUUCUGGCUUGCACAAUUGUAUAUUAUCAACUUUAUCUUGUGAUGAAACAUCUUACUUUAAAUACAAGACAAACCUAUAUUCUCAGAAAAAUCAUUAAUUCCAACACCUUUCUCUGAUGAUAAUAUAUAAUAUAUACCAAAGUAGCAUGUAUGGUUUCAUAUGAGCCAGGCACAGACAAAAUUAUGUAGGCUCUCUAUUAAAAAG